AUGUUUCUUCGACACCUGGAUCUGACGACUGCGCUUCGGCCAUCGCUUUACGACGAUGAGACUCUUCUCUUCGUUCAGGACAGUGUGGGCUUGUACGAAGGCAAAUACAAGAUCCCAAACUAUCAAAAUGGUCAUGCUUAUCUGACAUCGCAUCGUGUAUGCUACGUCGACAAUGGAGACCCCAGGAAAUACUCCGUGGCCAUCAAUUUGAAGGAGAUCGAGCGAUCCGAGUUCUAUGCUGGCUUUCUCAAAUCCUCUCCAAAGAUCACCCUUUUCCCAAAGGCAGCCAAGAAGGGGGUUUCGGCCAUUAGAAGUCCUGUCCCACGAUAUGCGUCUCCAAGUGAUGCUUUGGUAGGAUCAGUUGGAUCCUCUUUACCCACAUCAACACCAUCACCCGCUCCUGCCAGAGAUGUAAAUGCCACUUGGGUCUGUUCGAUAUGUGGAAUGUCGAAUCAAGUCCCGCCCAACUUUGAUCCUGCUACAGCGAACGAGCAUACGCCGCUAUCGCCAUGUCAGGCGUGUGGGAUCAAACCUCCUCUGGUCACCAUGGUGAAAGCCGCGAUCAGCGCAAUGUCGAAUCGUCCAAGCAGGGCUUCUGGACCAACCACCAUCGCACAUGGGUUCAAUACUUCUUCCAAUUCGGGAUUGCAAAACUUAUCUUCACAGCCGGCAAUACCGCCUGGUCAAUGUCCACGCUGUACAUUUCAGAACCACCCCUCACUGAGCACAUGUGAAGUGUGUGGCGCAUCUCUGCAAACGGCAACCGAUCGCAGAGUUCAGACUACGGCAGAAGAAAUCCAGCGGACAGACUCGCCCGGUCCUAGUCUGGAUGUCGCAAGCAUCGUGGGCAAUGACUCCAUCCAGACCAUCAAAUUCUCAUUUCGUGACGGUGGUGCGCCUACCUUCAACGACCGACUUCAAAACGCACUAGUGCAGAGAAAGUGGUUGCUCCAGAGUGCACCGCCAGUACCCAAACCAGCCUCCACACCGCCUCAGUCAAAUGGCUUCUCGAGGCCAAAUAAUGGCACUACACCGUCAAGCAGCACACCACGGCGAGUUGUUGGAAUUGCGGGCCUGGAGCAGAGAGGUGCUCUUCUGCGACAAAACAAUCAAGCAGUCAUUGGUACCGCCUUCGAAGAUCUUGAAGCAUUGAUGACAUCCGCGAAAGAAGUCAUUGAGAUGGCAGAACAAUUUGCUAAGCAGACAAACGGUGCCGCAGACGGUGACUCUGACGCAAGAAGGCUGAUCUCAGACUCUGCUUCUGCGUUAGGGUUGGUGACUACGAAGGAUAUGCUCGGCACUGGAUCAUCUGCAGAGCAGCUAUACGUGACGGAACUUUCUCGAGAUCUGGCGGAAUUCCUGACUGACGACAGGAAAGGCGUGCUUCGCAAAGAAGGAGGCAUCAUAUCGCUAGUGGAUCUUUGGCAAGUGUUCAAUCGGACCCGCAACGGCAUUGAGUUGGUGUCGCCAUUAGACUUCGAAAAAGCUGCCACCAUGUGGGAUACGUUACACUUACCUGUGCGCCUGCGUCGAUUCAAAAGUGGUCUAUUGGCUGUGCAAGAGCGAAGCAGGACCGACGAGAAGACGAUUGCAAGUUUGUUGAGUUGGUUGCAACAACCUCAUCAUACUUUUGCGUUGCAGACUGGCGAUGAUCAGAAGCCUGCUUUUGGUAGAGGCGUCACGGCACAAGAGACUGCAGAACGAUUUGGCUGGAGUGUUGGUGUUGCUACGGAAGAGCUUGAAAUGGCGGAAGAAGCCGGUGCUCUGUGUCGAGAUCAGUGCUUGGACGGUAUUCGAUUCUGGGAGAAUCACUUCUUGCGAAUGGUAUCAGGACAAGGAGCAGCAUAG